AUCAUUGCUAGCACGCGUGGCCUCAUUGAAAGCACCGGGCAACUGCGAACUGCCUAAUCCUCCUAAGUGCGUUGCUGCAGCCUUGAGCCAGUUUAUAAGCAUAAGCUGUCAAAUGCUGCAAAAGCCAUGUCACCACCUAGCCUCACGGCGUGGAGCCGGGGCGACUCGGCUUGCAAUCGUCGCAGCUGCUGCGAAGACGGCGGGGAAGGGCUUCGGUAACAAGCCAGUGCAGCAGGAAGAUGCCAGGAAGCCUGGGGGUGACAAACGGGUGGCACGAGACGCCGCCUCCGGAGCUUCGAAGGCGCGCCCGGUGCGGCCCGAGGAGGCCGCCCGCGGCAAGCUAGAUUACGUGCAGGUUGCGGACUGGGGCGACGGCAACCGGUCGAAGCUGGGCGAGCUGAAGAUGGUCAGCCACGUGACUACCUAUGAAGGGUCCGCGGCAGCGGCGGCCGCGGCGGCGGCGCUCGCAGGCGCAACUGCGGGACAAGGAGCAGCCGAUCCGGCCGGCGGCGGCGGCGCCGGAGCGGCGGCGGGGGCGGGGGUGGACACGCGGCCCUUCCACACCCAGCUGGCGCACCAGCUGCAGAUGGCCGAGGCGCGCGGCGCGCUGGCGGUUGCGGGCCCGCCGCCGCCGCCUGUGUCUCAGUGGAGCUGGCGCGAAGGCCGCUACCGGCAGUACCUGUCAGACCUGGCGGAGGUGCAUGCGGCCCUGGAGUCGGCGGUGGAGGAGGCCACGGCCGCCGUCGCCAGCACAAGCGGGAGAGGAGGCGCAGGAGAGGGCAGCAGCGCGGCGGUGGAGGCGCUGCAGAGCCCGCACGCGGCUCUAGCGCAUCUGCGGCCGGGCCGCCUGGGUCUGGAGCGCGCGGCCGCCCUACGCCGCGACCUGGCCGCGCUGAUAGCUACUGCCCAGCAGGCGCCGGAGGCUGUAGCAGCUGCAGCUGCAGAUCGGCCUGGGAGUGGCAGUAGCAGCGGCAGCAGCGGUGCGGGGGCAUCACUGCCCAGCGCCGCGGCCGCUCACGGGAAGGGCAAGGCGGCGAUGGAGGCAGCGGCAGGGGCGGGGACGGCGGUGGCGGUGGCGGCUGCGCCGCGGCCGUCCGGCCCCAUGGCUCGCUCCUACGGCCAGCUGCUCAGCCGCCUGGGGCGAGUGGCGGCGGCCGGCGAGACGGAGCAGGUGCGGGGCUGUGGAGGCGCUGCAGCUGCAGGCACUGUGUGCGUGUGCACGGAGCGCCAGGCCGCGGCGCUGCGGCUGCUGGCGCACGCGGCGGUGCUGCACCUGGUGGGCCAGGCGGCGGGGACGGCGCUGGGCGCCACGGCCGCGGAGCGGUUGGGGCUGCUGCAGCGGCGGGCGGCGGCGGCGUACCACGAGUACCCGGAGCAGGUGAAGGACCCGCGCAUCACGCUGGCUGCGGCGCUGGACGCGGCGGGGUCGCACCUGUCCUCGCGGCCCGAGUGGGUCCAGGCGGUGUUCGAGGAGGUGUCUGGGGCCAUGACUAAGACCAGCCUGCUGCUCACGGCACUGGCGCACAAGGACUAGGGAGACAUGGCAGGACAUGCAGCGGGGUCAAGGG